AUGAACCUAGGGUGGAUAAGAAACAACGGAACAACUGCAGCCAACUGUAUUAAAACCGAUGAACUCUUUGGCGUUGGUGACGCAUGGAACCCAUGGGGUGAAUGGUCAAGCUGUUCCGUGACAUGUGGUAACGGAAUAAGGUCACGUGAGCGCACGUGCAAUGAUGGCGCGUGUCUAGGUCCGACAGAGAUGCACGAGGCAUGUGUGGCGCCGCCAUGUGGCUCCGACACCAUCGUGUGGUCCACCUGGGGCGAGUGGUCUGAGUGUAGCCGCACAUGCGGUGGUGGCUUCCAUACCCGCACACGCACUUGUUCCACCGGAAGUGCCUCUGAUUGUUGUGAGCACGCGGACCCGAGCUCGUGUGGUCGGGAGUAUAAGCAGUCGCGGGAAUGUAUCAACGACGACUGUUACGGAGAAUGGAGUGACUGGCGACCGUGGGAGGCCUGUAACGUCACGUGUGGCGAGGGAACCCAGGAGCGGAGGCGGCAGUGUGAACCCUCGGGAUCCAUGUGUAUUGGGCCCUACUACCAGACACGCCUGUGCUUUACAAACUGUCCCUCUACUGCGAGAAAUUGUAAGUUCAUUUGA